AUGUCCUCUUCUAUUAGUAGUUCUGCACAACGGAAUCUUAGUUCUAGUAAUGCAUUGACCAUUCAAGAAAUUAUCAAAUCAAUUCCGGAUUUGAUUGAUAUAGUUUCCGAGGCCAAGGCAUCCAUUCCUUUACCCCCACAAUCAAAUACCGAUAACACUCCUGCGGCUGCUGCUGUCUCCUCCUCCUCCUCUACCACCAUCACCACUCCCGCUGCCUCCUCCUCCUCUACCACCACAACCAGCAACGUUAAUGAUAACGAUAACAGCCAGCAUGUUGCCGACAAUGAUGAAAAUACUAGCAGCAACACCACCACUUCUCCACCCACACCAGACAGCAGCAACAAUGGUGCUGCCGCGGACGCCUCCACCCCUGCUCCUGCUCCUGCUCUGGUCUCUUCCUCAGCCUCUGUUUCUACCUCAGCCUUUGCUUCUACCUCUGCCUCUGCCGCUGCCUCUGCUUCUACCAUCGCCACUACUACUAAUGUUGGUGGCAACAACGACACCACAACCAGCAAUAAUGCUUAUAUCAAAGACGAGAUCAGUGAUGGAAGCUGUUGGAUGUUGGGAUUUUCCAACAAGAAUCCAACUGAUGCGAAUAAGAAGAAAGACAACAACUUCACGGUGAAUGUGGGCAAUGAAGGCAGUGUUAAUUCUGAUCAUGAAAUCAACCAAAAACUGCACAAUCAAUUGGAGAAAUUGACCAGAGAUUUAAAGUAUAUUCAAAGCGCCUGUGACAAACUCAAACAACUAGAACUACAUGUUGGUGCCCAAUUCAAGAGUCUUCAAGAUCAAAGCGCAUCGCUUCAAGAUGUCGUUCAGAAUAUAAAAGGAAAAAGUGUCACCACUGGUAAUCAUACCAUCCUAACCAAGCGAUUGCAGCAUAAUAUUAAGUUAAUCGCAGGGAUGGUUGUGGAGUUGAAGCAUGACAUACCGUCACCAUACAAGCUUAAUUUGGCCAAUGAAGGGCACAAGAAAUCGCAAAAUGUUAGUGGGGGUGAUUUCCUUAAUUUGAUUGAUGAGAUGCUUAAAAUACGGGAUAAUAAAGCAUUUGAAGGGUGUUCAUCUUUUGAAGAUUUUAAAGAGAAUUAUAAGAGUCUUGAUUUAAGAGACAAGCUUUGUUUGUUGUGCUUUGCGGUGUUUCCAGAGAAUGCUGUUAUCAAGAAGAGAUUGCUAAUGUAUUGGUGGGUUGGAGAGGGUUUCAUUGAUGGUGACAAUCCGGAGGAAGUUGCUGAUGAAAUUCUGAAGAAAUUCUUGGAGAAAGGGUUUGUUGAGCCUGAGAUCAAGAAGCGUAGAUUGGUUGGGUUCAGGAUGCGCUCAUUGAUUCGUUAUGCUGUUAUUGUUGUAGCAGCAAAAGUGGGGUUCUUCCAUUUUGAUUCAAUGGGGAAUCCCACGGCAGACUUUUUAUCCAGUCAGAGGGCUUGUUUGAUCAAAACUGGAGACAAAUAUUCGCGGCAGGUGUUACCUGAUAUGGAGUCGAAACUAGAGAAACUGCAUGCUGUGUUCAAUGUCAAUGAUCCUUAUCCCGAUUUAAAGACAGAAUUGUUCUCCAGGAUGAGAAACAUUAAUGUGCUUUGCCUAGGAAGGUGGGAGGACUCAUCUAAGAAGCACAAUGAAGCAGAGGAGACCAAGCAUCAUGUUGAAGUUGACAGCACCGAAUUCUUGAAGGGGUUGAGGAACAUGAAGCAUCUGAAGUUUCUCAGUCUUCAAGGAAUCUCUAGGAUUAACGAGCUUCCUGAGACCAUCCAGAAGCUUGUCAAUCUAAGGAUUUUGGAUCUUAAUGCAUGUCACAAUCUAGAGACAAUUCCAGAGAAUAUUUUUUCACUCCAAAAGCUGACGCACUUGGAUAUUUCUGAGUGCUACAUGCUGGAUUUCGUGCCCAAGGGGCUUGGGUCACUUACUGAACUCCGAGUCCUUAAGGGGUUUGUAAUUAGUGAUUUGAAAAUAAAAACUGCAGGUACUCUUGAUGAUUUAAAAGGAUUGAUAAAGCUAAGGAAACUGAGCAUCUAUACAACUAAGAAGGAUUUCCCAAGUUUUCAUGACCUUGGUGCACUAAGGCGUAUCGCAACGCUUCGGAAGCUAACAAUAGCAUGGGGAGGGAAAUCCCAGGCCAAGAAAAAGCCAAAUCAAAGCGAUGAGCCAAACCAAAGCAAUGAGCCAAAUCGAAGCUUUGAGCGAAAGCCAAGCAUCUCAAGAAGACUGACGAGGUCAACUGGCUCUAGACAAGACAAUCCAGACCUUCCGAAAGAUUUGCUGAAGCUGGAUCUUCAGUGUUACCCAGAGACUAAGGCUCCUCUUUGGCUGUCGCCUGGCAGACUGAAAAACCUUAAGAAACUCUACAUAAGAGGUGGGCAUCUCAACGAUCUGGGUGAUCAGGUUGGAGAUGUCAAGUGGAAUGUUAAGAUACUGCGUCUAAAAUUUUUGCAAGAACUAAAGAUGAAUUGGAUAGUACUGAAUGGUGCAUUUCCACAGUUGGUUUAUUUGGAGAAAUUCAACUGUCCAAAGCUGUCUUUCUUCCCUUGUGACGGGAGCGGAGUGUGGUUGGACAGAGAAAAGCUAGCACGCCAGCCAUUGGAAGAAUUAGAAUUGACAUGGUCUUUCCUUUCUAAAAGGUCUACUUGA